AUGGCCCAGGGAAGAGGAUUCAGUGCAAUGAUUUUCUUGUUCUGUGUGUUGGUGCUUUCCUCUGAGAAAGCUCAUGCAACAACCUAUGUGGUUGGGGACAAUGAUGGUUGGAACAUGCACCCACAAAACUGGCCCAUUGGAAAGAAUUUUAAGGCUGGUGAUAUACUAGUAUUCAACUAUAAUCCUCAGCUACACGACGUAGUGAUAGUGGAUGAAGGUGGAUACAAAUCAUGCACAGUUCCAAAAGGAGCAAAAAGGUAUAAUUCAGGGCAUGAUCAAAUCAAACUUGCCGGAGGACCAACCUACUUCAUCUGCUCUUUUCCUGGACCUCUGAUUGCAGAGCCGGAAGCCAACCAUGGGGAAUCCGUGACACGGAGCAAUGAUGCUCAAAUCGCUCCGCUGCCUCGACUCUCAUUUCAGAUGAGCAUUCUUCUCAAGUUGGCGCAGGUGUCCGAUGUACUAGCUCUGCUCCAACCAAUCCGGAGACUACAAGACCUUCACCUCAAUCUCCACCGGUUCCCACCGAAAACAAAGCAUUACCUAAGCAAGAGUGGAAUGGAAGAAAGCUGUCCUUAUCUUCUCCUCCAACCAGUAUCUCCUCCCUGA